AUGUGGCAGAAUGUGGGUGCAAGUCAAGCUCGAGUUAGUCCUUCGACAUCCUACACACCAAGUCGCCACAAGAGGAGCUAUGAGGAAGAUGAGGAUAUGGAUCUACAUCCAUCUAAACAGAAAGAGCAGCAUAUGGGCAGUGGAGGUGAUAUCCAUGGAUGUGUGGAGCCGAAGAGAUUGGAAACGGAAGCUUCGGCAGGUCACCAUCUCAUUUCUCCCAACUGCUCCCCUCCACUUGACUUAAAUUUUCCAUUGCCAGGAGAGAAGGGACCAGCAUGUCUUGUCAAGGUCUAUGAGAGCUGGGAUAGCUUCAAAGUCAAUGAUGUUCUGGAGGUAUAUGGUAUAUUGUCUGUGGAUCCGGUGCUGAGCAUAGUGAACAAUGAAGAGAGGGACAGCUCAGCCCUCGAUCCUAUGGACUGUAUGGAUACGGCAGAAGAACAGAGAGUACACAGUCCUCCAGCCUCAUUAGUUCCCAGAAUCCAUGUGAUUUUGGCACAGAAAUUACAACACAUUAACCCAUUACUGCCUGCCUGCCUUAAUGAAGAGGAGAGUAAAACCUCUGAUAUCACAAAAAAGUUGAAAUUUGUCAAGAAUGGGGAGAAGAUAUACAGUAAGAAGAGGGAGAGGAAAGCUGAGGGCAGUUAUGCAAGACGAGAUGUGCUUCCUCUGGGAAAAUUCACUGUCAACUUGAGCGGAUGUCCAAGAAAUAGCAUCUUCACAGAGCACUUAUACCGCAUUAUCCAGCAGCUUGUUCCAGCAUCCUAUCGCCUACAAAUGACCAUUGAAAACAUGAACCAUUCACGAUUUAUCCCACACAAAGACUACACAGCAAAUCGCUUAGUCAGUGGGGUAUUGCAGCUUGCCAGCAACACUUCCCUGGUAGUAGAUGAGACUCAGCUCGAGCAAGGACAGCUUGACGCAACAGGUGUACAUAAUGUGACAGCACUGGGUAAUCUGAUAACUUGGCAGAAGGUGGAUUAUGACUUCAAUUACCACCAGAUGGAAUUCCCAUGCAAUAUUAAUGUCCUUAUCACUUCAGAGGGCCGAUCACUCCUACCGUCAGAUUGCCAAGUCCAUUUACAGCCACAGAUAAUUCCACCAAACAUGGAAGAGUAUAUGAACAGCCUCCUAACAGCGGUGCUCCCUUCUGUGUUGAACAAAUUUCGAAUUUAUCUCAGUUUAUUGAGGCUGCUGGACUACAGUAUAUCUGAUGAAGUGACCAAGGCAGUGGAAGAAGACUUUGUAGAAAUGCGCAAGAAUGACCCAGAGAGCGUAACAGCUGACGAUCUGCACAGAACUCUGCUUGUAGCCAGGUUCCUGUCUCUCAGCGCGGGGCAGACAACGCUGUCAAGAGAGAGGUGGCUGAGAGCAAAACAACUGGAGGCGUUACGUAAAGCCAGACUUCAGCAGCAAAAAUGUGUUAAUGGGAAUGAACUUUAA